AUGCAGAACGAGUUCCGGGAGCUCUGGAGCGUGCUGCAGUCCCACCUGCCCCCAUCCCUCGGGUUUAAAUCCCUACUCCCCUUCUUUUCUCCCCUUCUUUCUCCCCUUCUUUCUCCCCUUCUUUCUCCCCUUCUUCCUCCCCUUCUUUCUCCCCUCCCUCCCUCAGUGUGCGGAUCGCAUCAACACUGCUCGUCGCUAUGGCCUCUCAGGCACAGUCAUGCAGAACGAGUUCCGGGAGCUGUGGAGCGUUCUUCAAUGGGUGCGGCGGGGCUAUCUGGGCUCUCUGAAAGAGAUAUCUUUUCUUCUAUUUUCUUUCCCCUUCCCAACCUCCCACCUCAGGGUCAGCGCAAGGGGGCUCCCCAGCCUCUGGUGGCUCGGGCGCAGGCUCGGCAGGCAGAGCUGGUUCGGGCGCUGGCUCGGGUGCUGCUUCGGCGGCACAAGGAUGACCUGCAGGGCUUGCUGAAGCUUCCAGGAAAGCGCGACAUGAUUGUGGUGUGCCCGAUGACGUCACUCCAGAGGAGGGUGUACCAGCGGUGUUUGAAACUGCCUGACUUCCAGCUCCUCUCACGAAAGGACGAGCCAUGCAGUUGUGGCGGCCCGAGGAAGCGCAGUGAGUGCCACCAUAAAGGGGACGGGGGAGAGGAGAUGGGAGGGGGAGGGGUGCUGUGGUCGUCCCUCCAUCCCGAUGGCCUCUGCUGCCCGCGCUGCCCCUUCUGCGUGCUCUUCCCCUGCCUCUCAAAGCUUCAGCAGAUCAGCAAUCAUUUGGAGCUGCUGAAGCCAAAUCCCAGGGACCCCCAGGACAAGCAGGCCAGGGAUCUCGCGUUCGCCAGGCUGGCGCUGGCCGGCGAUGCUGACCUGGCGGGCGGCGUGCGGGCGGCGAGCGAUUUGCUGACACUUGGGAGUAGCGAGCACUGUGGGAAGCUGAGGGCGUUGGAUCGGCUGCUGAAGCAGUGGUGUGGGAGCGGGGAUAAAGUGCUGCUGUUCAGCCACUCAGUCAAGGGGAAUAAAGUGCUGCUGUGCUCUGCAGCCUCUGGGUUUGCCUCUGGGUUUGCCUCUGGGUUUGCCUCUGGGUUUGCCUCUGGGUUUGCCUCUGGGUUUGCCUCUGGGUUUGCCUCUGGGUUUGCCUCUGGGUUUGCCUCUGGGUUUGCCUCUGGGUUUGCCUCUGGGUUUGCCUCUGGGUUUGCCUCUGGGUUUGCCUCUGGGUUUGCCUCUGGGUUUGCCUCUGGGUUUGCCUCUGGGUUUGCCUCUGGGUUUGCCUCUGGGUUUGCCUCUGGGUUUGCCUCUGGGUUUGCCUCUGGGUUUGCCUCUGGGUUUGCCUCUGGGUUUGCCUCUGGGUUUGCCUCUGGGUUUGCCUCUGGGUUUGCCUCUGGGUUUGCCUCUGGGUUUGCCUCUGGGUUUGCCUCUGGGUUUGCCUCUGGGUUUGCCUCUGGGUUUGCCUCUGGGUUUGCCUCUGGGUUUGCCUCUGGGUUUGCCUCUGGGUUUGCCUCUGGGUUUGCCUCUGGGUUUGCCUCUGGGUUUGCCUCUGGGUUUGCCUCUGGGUUUGCCUCUGGGUUUGCCUCUGGGUUUGCCUCUGGGUUUGCCUCUGGGUUUGCCUCUGGGUUUGCCUCUGGGUUUGCCUCUGGGUUUGCCUCUGGGUUUGCCUCUGGGUUUGCCUCUGGGUUUGCCUCUGGGUUUGCCUCUGGGUUUGCCUCUGGGUUUGCCUCUGGGUUUGCCUCUGGGUUUGCCUCUGGGUUUGCCUCUGGGUUUGCCUCUGGGUUUGCCUCUGGGUUUGCCUCUGGGUUUGCCUCUGGGUUUGCCUCUGGGUUUGCCUCUGGGUUUGCCUCUGGGUUUGCCUCUGGGUUUGCCUCUGGGUUUGCCUCUGGGUUUGCCUCUGGGUUUGCCUCUGGGUUUGCCUCUGGGUUUGCCUCUGGGUUUGCCUCUGGGUUUGCCUCUGGGUUUGCCUCUGGGUUUGCCUCUGGGUUUGCCUCUGGGUUUGCCUCUGGGUUUGCCUCUGGGUUUGCCUCUGGGUUUGCCUCUGGGUUUGCCUCUGGGUUUGCCUCUGGGUUUGCCUCUGGGUUUGCCUCUGGGUUUGCCUCUGGGUUUGCCUCUGGGUUUGCCUCUGGGUUUGCCUCUGGGUUUGCCUCUGGGUUUGCCUCUGGGUUUGCCUCUGGGUUUGCCUCUGGGUUUGCCUCUGGGUUUGCCUCUGGGUUUGCCUCUGGGUUUGCCUCUGGGUUUGCCUCUGGGUUUGCCUCUGGGUUUGCCUCUGGGUUUGCCUCUGGGUUUGCCUCUGGGUUUGCCUCUGGGUUUGCCUCUGGGUUUGCCUCUGGGUUUGCCUCUGGGUUUGCCUCUGGGUUUGCCUCUGGGUUUGCCUCUGGGUUUGCCUCUGGGUUUGCCUCUGGGUUUGCCUCUGGGUUUGCCUCUGGGUUUGCCUCUGGGUUUGCCUCUGGGUUUGCCUCUGGGUUUGCCUCUGGGUUUGCCUCUGGGUUUGCCUCUGGGUUUGCCUCUGGGUUUGCCUCUGGGUUUGCCUCUGGGUUUGCCUCUGGGUUUGCCUCUGGGUUUGCCUCUGGGUUUGCCUCUGGGUUUGCCUCUGGGUUUGCCUCUGGGUUUGCCUCUGGGUUUGCCUCUGGGUUUGCCUCUGGGUUUGCCUCUGGGUUUGCCUCUGGGUUUGCCUCUGGGUUUGCCUCUGGGUUUGCCUCUGGGUUUGCCUCUGGGUUUGCCUCUGGGUUUGCCUCUGGGUUUGCCUCUGGGUUUGCCUCUGGGUUUGCCUCUGGGUUUGCCUCUGGGUUUGCCUCUGGGUUUGCCUCUGGGUUUGCCUCUGGGUUUGCCUCUGGGUUUGCCUCUGGGUUUGCCUCUGGGUUUGCCUCUGGGUUUGCCUCUGGGUUUGCCUCUGGGUUUGCCUCUGGGUUUGCCUCUGGGUUUGCCUCUGGGUUUGCCUCUGGGUUUGCCUCUGGGUUUGCCUCUGGGUUUGCCUCUGGGUUUGCCUCUGGGUUUGCCUCUGGGUUUGCCUCUGGGUUUGCCUCUGGGUUUGCCUCUGGGUUUGCCUCUGGGUUUGCCUCUGGGUUUGCCUCUGGGUUUGCCUCUGGGUUUGCCUCUGGGUUUGCCUCUGGGUUUGCCUCUGGGUUUGCCUCUGGGUUUGCCUCUGGGUUUGCCUCUGGGUUUGCCUCUGGGUUUGCCUCUGGGUUUGCCUCUGGGUUUGCCUCUGGGUUUGCCUCUGGGUUUGCCUCUGGGUUUGCCUCUGGGUUUGCCUCUGGGUUUGCCUCUGGGUUUGCCUCUGGGUUUGCCUCUGGGUUUGCCUCUGGGUUUGCCUCUGGGUUUGCCUCUGGGUUUGCCUCUGGGUUUGCCUCUGGGUUUGCCUCUGGGUUUGCCUCUGGGUUUGCCUCUGGGUUUGCCUCUGGGUUUGCCUCUGGGUUUGCCUCUGGGUUUGCCUCUGGGUUUGCCUCUGGGUUUGCCUCUGGGUUUGCCUCUGGGUUUGCCUCUGGGUUUGCCUCUGGGUUUGCCUCUGGGUUUGCCUCUGGGUUUGCCUCUGGGUUUGCCUCUGGGUUUGCCUCUGGGUUUGCCUCUGGGUUUGCCUCUGGGUUUGCCUCUGGGUUUGCCUCUGGGUUUGCCUCUGGGUUUGCCUCUGGGUUUGCCUCUGGGUUUGCCUCUGGGUUUGCCUCUGGGUUUGCCUCUGGGUUUGCCUCUGGGUUUGCCUCUGGGUUUGCCUCUGGGUUUGCCUCUGGGUUUGCCUCUGGGUUUGCCUCUGGGUUUGCCUCUGGGUUUGCCUCUGGGUUUGCCUCUGGGUUUGCCUCUGGGUUUGCCUCUGGGUUUGCCUCUGGGUUUGCCUCUGGGUUUGCCUCUGGGUUUGCCUCUGGGUUUGCCUCUGGGUUUGCCUCUGGGUUUGCCUCUGGGUUUGCCUCUGGGUUUGCCUCUGGGUUUGCCUCUGGGUUUGCCUCUGGGUUUGCCUCUGGGUUUGCCUCUGGGUUUGCCUCUGGGUUUGCCUCUGGGUUUGCCUCUGGGUUUGCCUCUGGGUUUGCCUCUGGGUUUGCCUCUGGGUUUGCCUCUGGGUUUGCCUCUGGGUUUGCCUCUGGGUUUGCCUCUGGGUUUGCCUCUGGGUUUGCCUCUGGGUUUGCCUCUGGGUUUGCCUCUGGGUUUGCCUCUGGGUUUGCCUCUGGGUUUGCCUCUGGGUUUGCCUCUGGGUUUGCCUCUGGGUUUGCCUCUGGGUUUGCCUCUGGGUUUGCCUCUGGGUUUGCCUCUGGGUUUGCCUCUGGGUUUGCCUCUGGGUUUGCCUCUGGGUUUGCCUCUGGGUUUGCCUCUGGGUUUGCCUCUGGGUUUGCCUCUGGGUUUGCCUCUGGGUUUGCCUCUGGGUUUGCCUCUGGGUUUGCCUCUGGGUUUGCCUCUGGGUUUGCCUCUGGGUUUGCCUCUGGGUUUGCCUCUGGGUUUGCCUCUGGGUUUGCCUCUGGGUUUGCCUCUGGGUUUGCCUCUGGGUUUGCCUCUGGGUUUGCCUCUGGGUUUGCCUCUGGGUUUGCCUCUGGGUUUGCCUCUGGGUUUGCCUCUGGGUUUGCCUCUGGGUUUGCCUCUGGGUUUGCCUCUGGGUUUGCCUCUGGGUUUGCCUCUGGGUUUGCCUCUGGGUUUGCCUCUGGGUUUGCCUCUGGGUUUGCCUCUGGGUUUGCCUCUGGGUUUGCCUCUGGGUUUGCCUCUGGGUUUGCCUCUGGGUUUGCCUCUGGGUUUGCCUCUGGGUUUGCCUCUGGGUUUGCCUCUGGGUUUGCCUCUGGGUUUGCCUCUGGGUUUGCCUCUGGGUUUGCCUCUGGGUUUGCCUCUGGGUUUGCCUCUGGGUUUGCCUCUGGGUUUGCCUCUGGGUUUGCCUCUGGGUUUGCCUCUGGGUUUGCCUCUGGGUUUGCCUCUGGGUUUGCCUCUGGGUUUGCCUCUGGGUUUGCCUCUGGGUUUGCCUCUGGGUUUGCCUCUGGGUUUGCCUCUGGGUUUGCCUCUGGGUUUGCCUCUGGGUUUGCCUCUGGGUUUGCCUCUGGGUUUGCCUCUGGGUUUGCCUCUGGGUUUGCCUCUGGGUUUGCCUCUGGGUUUGCCUCUGGGUUUGCCUCUGGGUUUGCCUCUGGGUUUGCCUCUGGGUUUGCCUCUGGGUUUGCCUCUGGGUUUGCCUCUGGGUUUGCCUCUGGGUUUGCCUCUGGGUUUGCCUCUGGGUUUGCCUCUGGGUUUGCCUCUGGGUUUGCCUCUGGGUUUGCCUCUGGGUUUGCCUCUGGGUUUGCCUCUGGGUUUGCCUCUGGGUUUGCCUCUGGGUUUGCCUCUGGGUUUGCCUCUGGGUUUGCCUCUGGGUUUGCCUCUGGGUUUGCCUCUGGGUUUGCCUCUGGGUUUGCCUCUGGGUUUGCCUCUGGGUUUGCCUCUGGGUUUGCCUCUGGGUUUGCCUCUGGGUUUGCCUCUGGGUUUGCCUCUGGGUUUGCCUCUGGGUUUGCCUCUGGGUUUGCCUCUGGGUUUGCCUCUGGGUUUGCCUCUGGGUUUGCCUCUGGGUUUGCCUCUGGGUUUGCCUCUGGGUUUGCCUCUGGGUUUGCCUCUGGGUUUGCCUCUGGGUUUGCCUCUGGGUUUGCCUCUGGGUUUGCCUCUGGGUUUGCCUCUGGGUUUGCCUCUGGGUUUGCCUCUGGGUUUGCCUCUGGGUUUGCCUCUGGGUUUGCCUCUGGGUUUGCCUCUGGGUUUGCCUCUGGGUUUGCCUCUGGGUUUGCCUCUGGGUUUGCCUCUGGGUUUGCCUCUGGGUUUGCCUCUGGGUUUGCCUCUGGGUUUGCCUCUGGGUUUGCCUCUGGGUUUGCCUCUGGGUUUGCCUCUGGGUUUGCCUCUGGGUUUGCCUCUGGGUUUGCCUCUGGGUUUGCCUCUGGGUUUGCACUCCCAGUGCGUCAAGCAUUGGCAGUUUGCCUCGCCGCCUUCUCUGCCCGCCCUCCCCCCCCUUUCAGAAUGCUGGACGUGCUUCAGAGGUUCCUAGAGGCAAGAGGGAUCUCCUUCUCUCGCCUCGACGGCUCCACCUCCACAGCAACGCGCCAGGCUCUCGUGCACGGCUUCAACUCCAGCCCUUCUAUACAGACACAGCAGGCUCCAGCAAAGGCACAGCAGGCUCUCGUGCAUGGCUUCAACUCCAGCAGGUCAGGCCCACCGUUCUCCUUUUAG